AUGUCUGGUGUUCUCUCCAACAAGGACAUCAAUGUCCCCAUGCUCGCCGCCGAGCAGCCUACCGGCAAGCCCAUUCAGAGCAUGGAGUACCAUCGCCAGGUCCUCCAGUCCAAGAUGGACGCCGAACAGUCAGUGCAGCGCCUACAAAACAAGCAAUACGUUUCCCCUUCGGACAACAUCAUGAGCCCAUGCACUGCCAAGCUCACCGCCCUGCGCAACAAGCAGGUUGGGAAGGUCAAGCCCAAGUCUCUUUUCGCCCAAGGCGUAGCUAAGAAGCUCGACUCCGCGAAGAAGGACAGCCCUUUCUAG